GAGGUAGCUAGUCGAUCGCUACAGGAAGCGGAGGGCGAGCGGUCCACGUGGGUUUUGGUUCUGUGUAGGGCUACGCAGCUCGCUUCUUGCUGGUUAUGGCUGAGAGGAUCGAAGAACGCAUCGAGGACCGAAUCCCGGAGCUAGAGCAGUUGGAGAGAGUCGGGCUGUUCACUCGUAAGGAAGUCAGGGCUGUCAUUAAGAAGGUCUCAGCUCUUGAAUAUAAGAUACAGCGGAGAGCACUUCACAAGAAAGACUUCAUUAGUUAUAUACAGUAUGAAAUCAACCUCUUGGAACUGAUUAAGACACGAAGACUGCGCAUUGGAUAUUCGUUUAAGAAAGAAGAGAUUGAAUAUUCAAUUGUGCAAAGAAUCCAUGGCGUUUUCAAGCGUGCUACAACAAAAUGGAAGGAUGACCUUCAGCUGUGGCUGUCUCAUAUUGCAUUUUGCAAGGAAUGGAACAAGAAAAUACAGUUGAGCAAGGUGUUUUCUUCCAUGUUAGCCCUUCAUCCCAACAAACCAGCUUUGUGGAUCAUGGCUGCAAAAUGGGAGAUGGAAGACCGCCUGUCAUCAGAAAGUGCUCGGCAGUUGUUCCUUCGUGCAUUGCGUUUCCAUCCUGACUCUCCUAAACUUUAUCAAGAGGGUGAGUUCAGUUUUUCUGAGGACAUCCUAAUGGUGAACUGGCUAGAAUUGUCUACCGAAAUGCAGUUGAAAAAAAUCAAAGGUCCAGAGUUUGCACUAUCGCUUUUGUCAAUUGCAAAACGUUUUGAUUUUACACAAGAUCUUCAGAAAGGAAUUCUUGAAAACUUGCAGGCAACGUAUGACAAUGAUCCUCUUGUGUGGGAUUUCAUGGCACGGCGGGAACUGGAGAUGGAAUCCCUGCCUCCUUCAGAAGCACCUAAGUCGAAAGAGUCCAAGGCUUUAGAGGUUGCCCACAAAGAAGAACGGUGUUGCGUUGUAUUUGAGGAGGCAAUCACACACCUUCCCACUGAGGAAAUGUGGAAGUGUUAUGUCACUUUUACCUUGGAGAGAUGUAAUCGGAAGACCAACAGUGAAGAAUUAAGGCAAAAGAGACUGGAAAGGGUGCAGAGUGUUUUCAGCCGAGCUCAUGAAUCACAAUUGCUGCCAGCUUCCCUCUAUAAACAGUGGAUUCAGCUCCUGCUGGAACUCAGUCAUGAAGACAAGGCCAGAGAGGUGGCUGCGGCAGCCACAAACCGUUUCAGCCAAUUGGUGGAUAUGUGGGAAAUGAGGCUGCAGUUGCUGCUGAAACUGAAGAGCAGUGAAGUGGCUGCUUGUGCCCAGGAGGCUUUCAAAGUGGUUAAAGCGAAGGACACCUUGCCACUAUGGAAUUUAUGGCUAGAAUGGAGUGAAGGUGCAAGCAGCAAAGCAGAGACUGAAGCCCUCUAUCAGAGAUCUUUCGUUGCCACACUUCCUGCUGACUCCACAGCCCUGAAAGAAAAGUACCUUGAAUGGGCUCAUAGGACCGGUGGCUAUAAGAAAGCAAAGCAAGUCUUCACCAGGCUGCAGGAAUGCCACCCAUUUUCACUCCAGUUUUUCAAAAAAAUGAUUCAGAUCGAAAAGGAACAGGAAUCCAGUAAAAUAUUUAACAUCCGAGAAUAUUAUGAACGUGCCUUGAGAGAAUUUGGUGCUACAGAACCUGAUCUUUGGCUGGAUUACAUCAAAGAAGAGCUGAAUCAUUCUCAAGGCAAACCAGAGAAUUGUGGCAGUAUUCACUGGAGAGCUAUGAAUAUGCAGGGAGAACAAGUGGAAACAUUUAUUUCCAAGUAUACAUUACUGCAAGCUGGGCACCUGUGAGAAAUUAUUUUUAUUCUAAUGGCAAAUUAUCCUGUUUGCUAAUCUAACAACUGUGGAAACUCUUGGCUUUAAAUUGAGUCAGGUGUAUAGAUGUUCCCUGGAUAAAUUACUUGCUCCUAAAUAAUUGCCUAACAUCCAUAUUCUCUCCACAUUACUGGAGUUAACAGAAAUGUAAGUUUUAGAUUUUAAUUAAAAUACAUAUAAAUAUACUUUCAAGGAAAGUGGAAGAACAAACUUAAUUUUGAGUUUAUUUUGCUACUGUUUUGUGAUAGGAUCUGUUUUAUUUUAUAUUAUUGUGAUAGAACUGGAUUUCAUUCUGGCUAGUGAAUAGAAAUUAGUUGUCUGCCAAACGAAUGUAAAUAAUCACAUGUAGAUUGUUCCAGGAACAUGUAGUUUUGGGUGGUUUGUGUAGAAAGCAAAACAUGUAUGCUUGGUCCAGAUGCAAACUGAAAUAUAGUUGUUCUAGACAAAAGUAUUUUGGUGCAUUUCGGGAGGAAGAUAGAACAACAAAAAGCCUUACUGAAGUUAGGCUAAUUUGUAUCAAGUUAGGCACAUUUCUU